CGUCGUCUGCUUGAGUGAAAAAUCUCGUGAACUGUCAAAUUUGUUGACGAAUUUUUAGUGUCUUUUUUUGGUGUAAAGAAAGCAUAAAUUUUAUAAGUUUUUAUUUCAUAAUGACUGAAAUAGACUGGCCUUGGCAGUACAGUUUUCCACCUUUCUUUACACUUCAACCGCAUUCAGAGACAAGGGCUAAACAAUUAUCUGCUUGGAAAAAUUUAGUUUUGGAAUAUUAUCGUGUGACAAAACAAGCAAUUGUUGAUAUUCGAGAAGUGCAGUCCAGCGCAUUGUUUAAUAAUACCUCUAUCAACAGAAAAUUACCUUCAGAGGUUGUUCUGAUUAUUCUGGAAGAAUUGGCUAAAUCAGGGAAUGCAUCUCCCUUGGAUAAAUCGAAACAAAGGUGGUUGGUUUACUCGCACACGUUAGAAGAAUGGGGAGAAAUUGUCUAUAAUUGGGCUCAGGAAAAUGGAUUUGUUGGAUCUGUGUGUACUCUUUUUGAAUUAACUCAAGGAGAAGAUACAGUCAACCAGGAAUUCUAUGGACUCGACACGGAAGUUUUGAUCAGGUCGUUGAGAACGUUGGAGAGUUCGAAAAAAGCUGAAUUAAUCAUGUUUGACGAGCAUCAGGGCGUUAAAUUCUUUUAAUCCUAACUAAGUAUUAAGGUAAUUUUUCACUCAAAUUUACGAAUGGAACACUUUUUGAUGAUAUUCGAAAGUUUUAAGUGCACAAUUAUAAUCAAAAAGCUUCUGCAUUUACUGUAAAUUUUGCGAUAAAAAAUUUGGUAAAUGUUUCAUCGAUAUGUUAUAAAAUGGA